AACCAGACAGCGUUUAUUCAUGAAUAACGGUAAAAGUUGGCUUUUCCAAGACCGCGAGACUCUGGUUUUUGAAACAAGUAUGAUGUAUGUUUAAAAAUCCCUAAAAGUACCACGUUUGCGAAACCAUGAAUUGCCAGAGUCUCGGUUCUUAAAAUCUGAAGUUAUAUCACUAGUCUUUCAAAUAAAAUAUUUCAUCACAUUUUCGUCAAGGCUGUACAAGACUUACAAGUUUCGAUGCAAGUUUGAUUGUUUGUGACUCAGACUGUAGAAUCCGAGUUCCACAUCCGCGCAACAGUGGGAGUGAAUAAUGGAUUGCUCUUAUUCUUUGAGCGGCUUUACUUUACUCUAGUUUUUAUCACUGAGGUUAGGUUGCGGAUCACAAACUGUUAAAUUGGUUCAACGUUAUUGUUAAAUUCUAUGAACAGUGUGAAUAAAAUUGGAACGUUAAAAAUCAAACACCUCGAAAAGGUGUAUAAAUGUAUUUCGGCUAUGUAAGGUAAUAUAAGUAAACAUACGUAUACCUAAUACUCGUUCUACAAAUCGACGGACUUUCUCAACUGGGUUUGUGAAGUGUUUGAUGUUCGACUGACAGCCACAUCAUCUGGCCUUGAUAAAAAUGUGUAAUCAGUUGUGAGGUGUGUUGAGUUUAUUUCUUAUCGUGCUUCUGCACCAUCUGGCAAGUUACGAACUGGUAAAUUUUUACGUAAAUACCUCGGUAAUUCGUCACAAGAAUUAUAUAUUUAACAUUAUUUUGAAACCUUAUGCUGUCUCAUUAUACCAUUAUUAUUGUUCUCCGAGAAAUUAUUAGUUCCUUCACUGAGGGAAAACAUUCUCCUACACACAAGUACUAGUAAAUAUUACCGCCCAAAAACAAUAAUAGACAUCAGUGAGAUACGUAAAAAUAGUUUUUCACCAGUUUGGAACUAUCUGUAACAAAUAGAAGUGUGAUAAGUAAAAAUUGAAAUACAAAAACAAUAAAACUAACAAUAAUAAGAAUUGGAUAAACCAUCAAAUUAGUUUGAACUUGACUACGUUCGGAUCCAAAUCAUCGCAAAACUAUGCCCUAUCAUUUUCUGAAAGUGUUGAUAUCUUGACAACAGAAAAUAGAAAGUGAUCAAUUAAAAUGGCUUAUGCUGCAUCGAUAUGUGGGAUCCUACUCUUUGGAUGCGCUUUCAUAUCGAUAGUAAGAGCUUCUGAGGAUGACCCCAUUGAGUACAUGAGCAAGGAAGAACGAGAAGCGUUAAAGGAGGAAGCACGGGACAUGUUUUAUCAUGGAUACAAUGCUUACAUGGACAAUGCAUAUCCGGCUGAUGAGCUGAUGCCAUUGAGCUGUAAAGGGAGAUAUCGAGGAUCAGAGCCAGAUAGAGGUGAUAUUGAUACUACGCUUGGCAACUUCUCAUUAACACUGGUGGAUGCAAUGGACACUCUUGUGCUAUUGGGUGACUUGGAAGAAUUUCAAAAUGCCGUCAAGUUGGUAAUCAGAGACGUAUCUUUUGAGACAGACGUGAUUGUCUCCCUUUUUGAAACCAACAUAAGAGUACUUGGAGGACUGCUGAGCAGUCAUAUACUAGCUGAAUACAUGCAGCAACGAGCGGACAUCAUGCCUUGGUACAGAGGCGAGCUUUUGGACCUUGCUAAGGAUUUGGGAUACAGAUUUUUGCCUGCAUUUAACACAACAACUGGUAUUCCAUAUGGCAGGAUAAAUCUGAAGAAUGGGAUGAAGGGUAUACCUCUUGAAGCAACCAGAGAAACCUGUACUGCUUGUGCUGGAAGCAUGAUUUUAGAGAUGGCUGCAUUAUCCAGACUAACUGGAGAGCCGAUUUUUGAGGAAAAGGCGCAGCGGGCAAUGGACAGUCUUUGGCGAAUGCGCCAUCGAGGUACAGACUUGAUGGGUUCUGUAUUGAACGUUAACUCUGGAGAUUGGGUGCGUCGAGACUCUGGUGUUGGUGCUGGGAUAGACUCAUACUACGAAUAUUGUCUCAAAGCAUAUAUUCUACUAGGUGACGAAAAGUACUUGGGGAGAUUCAACAAGCAUUACCAAGCUGUGAUGAAAUAUAUAAGUCAAGGGCCGAUGUUGUUGGAUGUCCACAUGCAUAGGCCUAAUACGAACUCGAAAAAUUUUAUGGACGCAUUGUUAGCUUUCUGGCCAGGUUUGCAGGUAUUGAAAGGAGACAUAAAACCAGCUGUUGAAACUCACGAAAUGCUGUAUCAAGUUAUGCAGAGGCACAAUUUCAUUCCAGAAGCAUUUACAACAGAUUUCCAAGUACAUUGGGGUCAUCACCCAUUGAGACCAGAGUUUUUAGAGUCUACGUAUUUUUUGUACCGAGCAACUGGUGAUCAUUACUACUUGGGCGUGGGUCGUAAAGUGCUCAGAAGUCUGCAAACCUAUGCUAGAGUUUCUUGCGGUUACGCAGCCGUUUCUGACGUCCGUACUAAUAAAAAUGAUGAUACCAUGGACAGCUUUGUACUAUCUGAAACAUUCAAAUAUUUAUUUUUAUUAUUUGCUGAGCCUAGCGAAUUAGUGAUUGAUCCAGACGAAUUUGUUUUCACUACAGAAGGUCACUUGUUACCAUUGACCUUAGCUUCCAUUGGUUCAAAUACGUCUUCGGGUUUUGAAAAGGAUAUAAUAGAUGUAGAUGAGUUUGACAGGACGUGUCCAAACAGUCUACAUUUGUUCCCAGCCUCUGUACGCCAACCGUUACGAAAUAUGGUGGAAGAUGUAUGUCCAAGGCGAACAUUAAAGCGAAAAAUAAGUGCUUCGCAAUUUCAAGCAAACAAUUUGGAACACUUAUCACUACUUAGUGACAUGGGUAUCACUAUUAUAACGCGGGCUGAUGGGCGUGUUCAGCUUUUACACACAUUUGCAAACGCAAAUACUGCACAAGAUGCAGAGGAAGGGCUUCUAUUUAUGCAAGAAAUGAUCGAGCUAAGUAAGAUGCAGACCCAGCAAGCGGAAACAAAGCCUCAAGCUGUUACGUUCACACUCCCAACACAUCCUAAACAAGAAACGACAUUGUUGGCUGGUCCUGCUCACUUUGGACGCAAGCUGCGAGGCCCAAACAGUAAAGUUACUGGCAAAGUCAUAUACGCAGAGCCACCGACAGCUUGUACAGAACUUCAAAACGCAGAUAAGCUGGUUGGAAAAAUUGUUAUAGUGGAUCGCGGUGACUGCAUGUUUGUGGAAAAGGCCCGUCGGAUCCAGAAAGCGGGUGCACUGGCAGGUGUAGUUUUGGACAAUGUGGUUGGUUCGAGUGCGGCAACAUUUCCAAUGUUUGCUAUGUCUGGCGAUGGAAAUGAGGUUGAUUAUGUGGUUAUACCUAUUGUCUUCCUUUUCAAUGCAGAAGCUACACGAUUGUUAGAGGCUAUAGUUGCUAGUCGUGGGCAACUUGUGGUCACUAUUGGAGAAUAUAUAAUCAAAGAUGAAGUCCAGCUCAAAGCUCCCAACGACUUGUCUAUGUUUGAGCGACUUAAAGGCUCGUUCAAAGAAUUUAUUGUCCGACAAAUGGCUCCACAGGAAUCGGGACAGUUUUUGUUGAAACAAAAUUCUGCAACGGGCAACACUGCUACUCCGAUAGGGAAACACACUGAGAUCAUACGAGAGGAGGACCAGAAGAUAAUCGUAGAAUUUCAGCAUUUAAAAGCAGAGAUAACACAUACGCUAACUGAAGAAGAAAUAAGAAUAACAGUGAACCUUGAUAAAACAUUGUCAACACCUCAGGAGCAUGCCGAUUUCUCAGAUUUUGAAAAGAAAUGGAGAUUCCUGCGUAAAAUGUUUGUUAAUCAAAUAUUUGCAAACACUAAAAAAGAUUCCAGUUUGUAUAUUAAAGGCUCUGUAAUGAAGGGCUAUUACAAGUGGGUUCAGACCGAACGAGGACUCUCCAAUGAUGUCAUAAACAACAUGAACUUGUCACGCAAAGUCCUUUGGUUUCUGAAAGAGCUCGGUGAAUUGGGGCCCGAGUUAUCAGUUGCAGAUAAAACGAAUGAAGUAACUAACAUAAAUAAACGGCGAUUAGAGUUACUGAAGCAGCAUUUAUUAUCAAAAAUGGAUGAUAUGGCGUUCCUGAAGAAUGUUGCAAUGAAGCUCAAGAGUCUAAAAUCAACAAACCCAGAAAUGGAACAGUUAUUCGAGCAGUUAGAAUCGGGAAAAGUUGAAGUAGAAAAUUACGCUCUCUUUGGUAAAUUACUCAGAGAAAUAUUCGAAGGAGAAGACGAGGAUAUGAGUCAACACAUAGUGCUUUUGGAUCAUCUUCACAAAGCUAUACAAAUCAACAAUCCGUCCGAGAUUUUGAUCGAUCAACUAAGAAAGGAAUUUGGUGAUUCGUUGGAAUUGACUAACUUUUCAGAAUCAGAAGGUGAUUUUCUCGUUGGAGAGUCUCGAACAGAUGAUACUGAAAGUAAAGAAUCCAAGAAAACCAAAAGUCUUCAGGAAUAUAGCAAGAUUAACGUAAUAGACUCACGGAAUUUGGAUGAUUUUGAGAAUUUCAUUUUAAUCGAGAUUGAAAAAGCGGCAGAGAAUCCAACUGAAUCUAGUUCUUCAUCGCUAAAAAAUCUGGACUAUGACAAGUCUGAAGUAAAAUCUGACAUAAUUAAUCGUGGCGCUGAUUGGGACACUGAAAAUGACAAAGAAAUUGUCGACAAACAUCGAGAUGAACAAUUCGAUAAAAAGGAAGCAAGAUAUGACGAGAGAAAGAGGCUUUUACAAGACAUCCGAAGAGAGAUUAGUGAUUCUCAAAAUAAUAAUAAUGAUGAUAAUAAUAAUAAAGAUAACAGUAAUAUGCGUAAUAAUAAUGAAAUUAAAUUGAAUACAAAAAUAAAUUUAGAAACCCAGCACAUACCCGAUGAGCAACUUCGCUCGAAUGACCCUUUGGAAGAUUUUAAAAAACCUUUGUGGGCAUCUGAUGAAGGUAAAAUAUUGAAAGGAUUUUCUGAAUUUCAACAAAAAAAAGAAAUACAAUCGACGGGAUAUGCUAACCCAGAAAGGAGUAAUUAUGAGUAUCGAGGCAAAGGAGAAGAAGAACAAGAAGAAGAGAAAGGAAGAAAUCAAGAACGGAAAAACGGGAAAGCCGUAAGUGAAGAACAUGCUGGCUCGCAAAUAAAAAUUAAUGCCGAUACCAGAGAAGGUAAAAAACAUAUCGACGACGAAUUAUAAUGAUGGUAUUUUGAUUAUAGGUUUGAUAAUAAAUGUAUUGAAAUAAAGAAAAGUCCAAUUACACUAGUUGAUACUUGGUAGUAAAAUAUAAACCGUGAAAAAAAAAAUCAUUGACAAAUUAAGAUUAGCUCAAGACUCAAGUGAUGCGAGCUUUAACAUUUUUAUACCUAAAAUUUCUAUGCAUAUAGAAAUAAGAAUUAAGUUAAUCUAACAAUGUAUGUCAUGAGAUGGGAAAUAUGACAAUGAUUACUUAUUACUUGAAAUCACUCAUGAAGAGUAGCGCGAAACUAUAUCUUUUUUGUAAAUCAUCAACUAAUGGUGCUUUUUUCGAAAAUGGACUCUAUGUUGAAAACUUGCAAUAAUAAUGAAAUCACGAAUAAUGCCGUGUAUAAUUUGGAGACAAUGCAUGAGGUUUUGUUAACUACAUAAUGUAUAUAUAUUUUCGAUAGUUCAAUACACAUUGAUGUGGUUGUGAAUAUACGUACGUAGACUGUCAAAGGUAUAAAACUGCAGGAAACAGUGAAUUUAACCUAAAGAUAUGCAUACUUUGCUUUACUAAGUUCAACAGUUGAUGAAAAUAUGAAACUUUCGGCAGCGAAAAAAAAUCUGGUGAAUAUCAUUCACUUAUUACUAUCCAUAAUUGGAAGCUUUUAAUUUUAUCCUAAGUUUCCUAUCGCAUCGGAAGGUGUUUAUUAUUCACAAUUUGGAUAGUAUUUUAUAAUUACGCUUUGUAUCGUAUAAUUAUUUAGCUUAAGAAAAACCAGAAAAAAACGAACCAUUAAAGGUAAAAGAUGAGAAAGAAACUUGAAAUUUCAUUUUUUAUUUGCAAAAAUCACAUAUCUGUAAUGCAACUUUAAUGAUACCAAUUAUCGGAGAACUAUAAUUUCUACUUGAAUGUUUGAUUUUUUUAUUUCAAUUUUAACAAACUAAUCAGAUUUCGUGUACAGAAAACUGAGAUAUAAUUUAAAUAGAUAAUAUAUGGCGGAUUAGUGUACAGAUAUUGAAAUAUGUGUGUUAACCAGUUGUAAAGAAAUGAAGUAUAAUAAUAGAACUGUGUAAAAUAUUUCUUAAUUCGUGAUAUAGACGAUGCAAGAUGUAUAAUAUCUGUUGUAUGUAUUUGUAAAGUAAAUUUUCUAAUUACCAGAGGAAUACUAACAUAAUGCUUUAUGUUAGCUAUUUUACAAUGAUAAUGUAUAAUAUUUGUAAUCGAGCGAGUAGAUCUAUCAACUACUCUUUAAUAUUAUAUCGUGGUAUAAAAAUAUAUUUCAUCAUUUCAAUGAGCAAUGGUUUCUGAAAUGUAGUGAACAUCUGCAAGCGUACGAUGAACAAUUAAGAAUAUUAAGUUGUAAUUUUUAGUUGUUAUAUACUUACGUGCUUACUGCUAUCAGAGAAUGCAUAUAACUUAUAAGUGUAAAUAAGAUCCUAUGAUGAAUAUCAGCUUUUUAUUUAUAAAUAUAUUGUAAUUCUAAAUGACUCUUUCUUAAAUACUGUUAAGUGAAAAUAAGAUAAUUAUAGUACCGUAUAACUAGUAAUUAUCUGCCAAAAAUAACAUAAGGAUAUUUAAGAUUUUAAGAGAAGUAAAGUUACUACAAAUUUUUAUAGUAUGAUUAACUCUUUGUACAUAUUAGAAUAACAAAAUACAGAACAUUGUAUCAUAGUAUACUAUAAAUCAAUUUCAGUAAAGAUAUUUACGGAAUGAGGUUUUUGGUAACGGGGGUGACGCAUGACUAUUAUUGACUAUUGGAAAUAAAAUCGUUAUAAAUCAUG